AAAUGGCCUCCACUUUCAACCCCCGAGAAUGCAAGCUGUCUAAACAGGAAGGGCAAAGCUAUGGCUUCUCCUUGCGAAUUGAGAAGGACACUGAUGGCCACCUGGUCCGGGUGGUUGAGAAGUGUAGCCCAGCAGAGAAGGCAGGUCUCCAGGAUGGAGACAGAGUUCUUAGGAUCAAUGGUGUCUUUGUGGACAAGAAAGAGCAUACGCAGGUUGUGGAUCUGGUCAGAAAAAGUGGGAAUUCAGUGACUUUACUGGUCCUGGAUGGGGAUUCUUAUGAGAAAGCUAUGAAAAAACAAGUAGAUUUGAAAGAGCUGGGUCAAAGUCAGGAGUUGAGUUUGAAUGAUAAGAAGCUGCCCUCUGUGAUGAAUGGAGAAGCACAGACUUGGACGCAGCCACGGCUCUGCUACCUGGUGAAGGAAGGGAGUAGCUAUGGCUUCUCUCUGAAAACUGUCCAAGGUAAAAAGGGAGUGUGCAUGACUGAUAUAAAACCUCAAGGUGUGGCUAUGAAAGCAGGAGUCCUGGCUGAUGAUCGCUUGAUUGAAGUGAAUGGAGAGAAUGUAGAGGAUGCCACCCAUGAGGAGGUGGUUGAAAAGGUGAAGAAGUCCGGAAGCCGCAUCAUGUUCCUGCUGGUGGACAAAGAAACUGACAAGCACCAUAGUGAGCAGAAGAUAAAAUUCAAGAGAGAAACAGCCAGCUUGAAACUGCUACCCCACCAUCCCCGGGUUGUGGAGAUGAAGAAGGGGAGCAAUGGCUAUGGUUUCUAUCUGAGGGCAGGCCCAGAACAGAAAGGUCAAAUCGUUAAGGACAUAGAUUCCGGAAGUCCAGCAGAGAAAGCUGGCUUGAAGAACAAUGACCUGGUGGUUGCUGUCAACGGCGAGUCUGUGGAGUCUCUCGAUCAUGACAGUGUGGUGGAAAUGAUUAAAAAGGGUGGAGACCAGACUUCACUCUUGGUGGUGGACAAAGAAACGGAAAACAUAUAUAAACUGGCUGGCUUUUCUCCAUUACUCUACUAUCAAAAUCAAGAACUGCCUAAUGGGUCUGUCAAGGAGGCUCCAGUUCCUACUCCUGCUCCUCUGGACGUCUCAAGCCCAGAUACUGCAGAGGAAGUAGCAGAUCAUAAGCCCAAACUCUGCAGGCUGGUCAAAGGUGAAGAUGGCUACGGCUUUCACUUAAAUGCGAUUCGGGGUCAGCCAGGCUCAUUCGUCAAAGAGGUACAGAAGGCUGGCCCUGCUGACCUGGCUGGGCUAGAGGAUGAGGAUGUCAUCAUUGAAGUGAAUGGAGUGAACGUACUGGAUGAGCCCUAUGAGAAGGUGGUGGACAGAAUCCAGAGCAGUGGCAAAAAUGUCAUACUCUUAGUCUGUGGAAAGAAGGCCUAUGAUUAUUUCCAGGCUAAGAAAAUCCCUAUCGUUUCCUCCAUGGCUAAUCCACUGGAUGACGCCCCUGAUCCCGAAGAAGGAACGCCGGAGGAAGCAGAGCAAGACUCGCACACGGCAAAAGAACGAGCCCACAGUACAGCCUCUCAUGCUUCUUCCAAUUCUGAAGAUACAGAGAUGUGAUGAGAACAAGCAAUAGCUUUGGCUGAUAGCUGUUUCUGGGUAUUUAAUAGGAAUCCUUUCCUAAGGAAUGAGCUACCACCGGUUUACUGUCUCUGUUAGAGAAGAACUCCUCUGGAAACCAGUUUGUCAUGUGUGAUUGUCUUCUGUUGUCAUCUGUUUUAGGGGCGGCUACUGCAGAUAGCUUUUUGGUAUUUAUGGUCAACUUAGGAAAAGUUAAGGCAGGAGCCAGAUGCUUUUCAUUUGAUUUCUUUCAAGCUUCAACUUAACUACAUUUCUCUGUAUGCUGUUAUCUCUUCUGUAGGUUCCUAGAGCACCAAAGAUGAUUUAUAAAUUUGUAUAUGUGAGAACUGCUAAUUAAAGUAUCUGAGCAGAUAAGCCUAUUAAAAUUAUCCUUUGUAAGAAUGUUGUUGUUGCUAAAAUAAAUGCCAUUAAAAAUG